AUGGGAGGUAAUUACAACUACACUAACUUUCGAGAUUGGAUGUACAAGAGGAUCGAUGAAGAAACGGGGAAUUUCUCGGAAGAGUUCACAACGGGAGUAGAGCAAUUCAUGGCAUUUGCAAACAGUCAGCCUCUAACACAGGAUAAUAAUGGUAAAUUCUUUUGUCCUUGCAGUGUUUGCAAAAAUGAGAAAUUUCUCCCAGGGCAACGAGUUUUGAAACAUAUAUAUAGUAAAGGGUUUAUGCUCGAUUAUUAUGUGUGGUACAAGCAUGGAGAAGAACUCGAUAUGGCUUUAGGAACAAGUUAUGCUAAUCCGACGCAUUUAAGUGGUAGUGAAGAUCACAUUGGUAAUGCAGUAGAAGAUAGAUAUGUGGAAAUGGUGAAUGAUGCAUUUCGAGAUAAUGUGAGUUUUGAUAACUAUCAACAUGGUGAUAGUUAUCAAAAUGCAGUAGAUCCGGAAUGCAAUCACUCGAAGAAAUACUACGACUUGUUAGAAGGAGCGAAAAAUCCUUUAUAUGAUGACUAUUUACCAGCUGGAAACCAAUCAACUGAUUCACAUUACGAGACAGAAACGUUGAUGCGCAAUUUAGGUCUUUCUUACUAUAAAAUUGAUGUGUGUGUUAACAAUUGUAUGAUCUUCUGGAAAGAGGAUGAAAGGUGGGAUAAGUGUCAGUUUUGUGAUGCACCAAGAUGGAAGCCUAGAAGCGAACGACGUAGAACCAAAGUGCCAUAUAGUCGUAUGUGGUAUCUACCUAUUGCUGACAGAUUGAAGAGAAUGUAUCAGAGCAAGAAGACAGCAGCAGCAAUGAGAUGGCAUGCAGAGCACCAAGCAAAGGAGGGUGAAAUGUCUCAUCCGUCAGAUGCAGCAGAGUGGAAACACUUUCAAGAUCAACAUCCCCGGUUUGCAGAGGAACCCCGUAAUGUUUAUCUCGGCUUAUCUACGGAUGGAUUCAAUCCAUUUGGGAUGUCUAAUAAUCAUUCGUUGUGGCUAGUGAUCUUGACUCCAUAUAAUCUACCUCCUGGUAUGUGCAUGAAUCCAGAGUAUUUGUUUCUCACAAUUUUGAAUUCUGGGCCAAAUCACCCACGAGCUAGUCUAGAUAUCUUCCUCAAACCUCUAAUUGCGGAGUUAAAAGAGCUGUGGUCUAGUGGAGUUGAAGCAUACGAUGUCUUUUUGAAUCAAAAUUUUAAUCUUAAGGCUGUGCUUCUUUGGACGAUAAGCGACUUUCCGGCAUAUGGGAUGGUAUCAGGAUGGACGACUCAUGAUGGAAGGAAGACAUGUUGGUUUGAUUGUCAUCGAAGAUUUCUGCCUCGUGGCCAUCCACUGAGGAAGAACAAAAAGGACUUCUUGAAGGGAAAACAUGCUAUGAAUGAAGUUCCACCUGAAUCUUUGAGUGGUGAGCAAGUUUAUUAUGAGCGGUUAAAAGGUGUCAAUCCACCAAAAACGUCUAAGUGCGGCGGAAAUGGUCACGAUAAGAAGAAACCUGGAUAUGGGAAGACCCAUAACUGGCACAAGGAAAGCAUAUUCUGGGAGAUGCCGUACUGGAGGGACCUGAAUCUUCGACAUAAUCUUGAUGUUAUGCAUAUUGAGAAGAAUUUUUUCGACAACAUCAUGAAUACUCUUAUGAGUGUGAAGGGUAAGUCGAAAGACACAAUCAAGUCAAGAUUGGAUAUAGAACUUUUCUGUGAUCGGCAACACUUACAUGUUGUUAGUCGUGGUCAAGCUCCUUUUCCUCCCUACACACUGGAUGAGAAUGCAAGAAAAAGUUUAUUGGAAUGUGUGAAAGUAGGGGUAAAAUUUUCGGACGGUUAUGCUUCUGACUUAGCUAACUGUGUUGAUAUAGAGAAGCGCAAGUUUUCAGGCAUGAAGAGUCAUGACUGCCAUGUGUUUAUGGAGAGGCUACUUCCAUUUAUAUGUGCAGAACUCCUAGACGAGAACGUCCAUCUUGCUUUAUCAGGUACAAAUUAA